AUUUGAUUAGGCUACCUUCGAUAAAAAAAGACUUUAAUAUAUUUUUUAUGAUAGUUUUUAUUUUUUGGUGACGACUGGAUUUGAAAGAAGUAAUAAAAGUGAAGUGAUUAAAGUGAUAUAAAAAAAUAAUUUUUAAAAUCCAUGAAGGACAUGUACCCAUUUUCAAAAAAUAAAUCAUCGUUCAGAAUUGCAGACAUUUUACAUCAACAACAGCAGCAACAGCAACAGAACGACAGUCAACUGCUAGCACAUCAUUUAAUGAUGAAGGGAAAUAGCGUCGGGAAUGAAAUGACCAAGAAUUCAGAUCUCAAGUCAUAUUCUAAUGAGAUUAAAAAUGUGAAUGAUUUAUCAUCAUCAAAAUCACCAUCGCCGGUGCCUGAGGGUAUGCCUGAUGAGGCAUUGAAGGGAGAUCUACCUAUGAAACCAACUCCAAUGUACUCAAAUUUUCCAUUACCAUUUCCCCUCGGCAUUCAUCCCGCUUUUCAUCCUGCUGCCUAUUUAAAUUAUGCAGAUGCAAUCCAUAAAGCGUCUUCCGCAAGAAGCAUGUGGCCAUAUUUUCAUCCAUACUCGAGCUAUUUAUUGCCCCCAUGUGGUUCAAAGCGUAAAGGUGGACAGGUACGAUUUACGCCUCAACAGACACAAAAUUUAGAGCGAAGGUUCGCUAAUCAUAAAUAUCUAUCGCCAGAAGAUAGACGAAAAUUGGCAUUGGAAUUGAGUUUGAGUGAUAGACAAGUGAAGACAUGGUUCCAGAAUAGAAGAGCGAAAUGGAGACGAGCAAAUAAUGCAACGGGAACAUCAAAUGGACAUUCAAACCAGCACACCAUAUCAGAUAAUGUAUCAUCAUCAUCGAGUGACGAUGAAAGCUUAUCUCAAAAGCCAUUGCAAAUGUACUUACAUCAUCAGCACUAUUACAAACAGAUGAAGGAACUACAAAAACAGCAGCAACAGCAAAAAGAUACCAAAAGUGAUGAUAAUGAUGAGAAUGUUGAAAUUAAUUAAUUGCAUGUAAUUAUUUUUAAGUGUCAAAAAAGAUUUUAUUAUUAUUUUAUUUUUUUUUCGAAUAAAUUGUCGCUGUAUAUUAUGAA